GAGAAGUAAGGAGUGGGAGGCAGGGAGUCCAGUUCAGGGACAGGGAUUCCAGGAGGAGAAGUGAAGCGGAAGGGGGUGGGCGCAGCCUGGGGGUCUCUCCCUGGUUUCCACAGACAGAUCCUUGUCCAGGACUCAGGCAGACAGUGUGACAAAGAGGCUGGUGUAGGAGAAGAGGGAUCAGGACGAAGUCCCAGGUCCCGGGCGGGGCUCUCAGGGUCUCAGGCUCCGAGAGCCGUGUCUGCAUUGGGGAGGCGCAGCGUUGGGGAUUCCCCACUCCCCCGAGUUUCACUUCUUCUCCCAACCUGUGUCGGGUCCUUCUUCCAGGAUACUCGUGACGCGUCCCCAUUUCCCACUCCCAUUGGGUAUCGGGUGUCUAGAGAAGCCAAUCAGUCGCCGGGGUCCCAGUUCUAAAGUCCCCACGCACCCACCCGGACUCAGAAUCUCCUCAGACGCCGAGAUGCAGGUCACGGCGCCCCGAACCCUCCUCCUGCUGCUCUCGGCGGCCCUGGCCCUGACCGAGACCUGGGCCGGCUCCCACUCCAUGAGGUAUUUCCACACCGCCAUGUCCCGGCCCGGCCGCGGAGAGCCCCGCUUCAUCACCGUGGGCUACGUGGACGACACGCAGUUCGUGUGGUUCGACAGCGACGCCGCGAGUCCGAGGAAGGAGCCGCGGACGCCAUGGAUAGAGCAGGAGGGGCCGGAGUAUUGGGACCGAGAGACACAGAUCUCCAAGACCAACACACAGACUUACCGAGUGGGCCUGGGGACCCUGCGCGGCUACUACAACCAGAGCGAGGACGGGUCUCACACCAUCCAGAGGAUGUAUGGCUGCGACAUGGGGCCGGACGGGCGCCUCCUCCGCGGGUAUAGCCAGUUGGCCUACGACGGCAAGGAUUACCUCGCCCUGAACGAGGACCUGAGCUCCUGGACCGCGGCGGACACCGCGGCUCAGAUCACACAGCGCAAGUGGGAGGCGGCCCGUGCGGCGGAGCAGGAGAGAGCCUACCUGGAGGGCCUGUGCGUGGAGUGGCUCCGCAGAUACCUGGAGAACGGGAAGGAGACGCUGCAGCGCGCGGACCCCCCAAAGACACACGUGACCCACCACCCCAUCUCUGACCAUGAGGCCACCCUGAGGUGCUGGGCCCUGGGCUUCUACCCUGCGGAGAUCACACUGACCUGGCAGCGAGAUGGCGAGGACCAAACUCAGGACACCGAGCUUGUGGAGACCAGGCCAGCAGGAGAUAGAACCUUCCAGAAGUGGGCAGCUGUGGUGGUGCCUUCUGGAGAAGAACAGAGAUACACAUGCCGUGUGCAGCACGAGGGGCUGCCGGAGCCCCUUACCCUGAGAUGGGAGCCAUCUUCCCAGUCCACCAUCCCCAUCGUGGGCAUUGUUGCUGGCCUGGCUGUCCUUGUGGUCACCGUAGCUGUGGUCGCUGUGGUCGCUGCUGUGAUGUGUAGGAGGAAGAGCUCAGGUGGAAAAGGAGGGAGCUACUCUCAGGCUGCGUCCAGCGACAGUGCCCAGGGCUCUGAUGUGUCUCUCACAGCUUGAAAAGCCUGAGACAGCUGUCUUGUGAGGGACUGAGAUGCAGGUUUUCUUCACGCCUCCCCUUUGUGACUUCAAGAGCCUCUGGCAUCUCUUUCUGCAAAGGCACCUGAAUGUGUCUGCGUCCCUGUUAGCAUAAUGUGAGGAGGUGGAGAGACAGCCCACCCUUGUGUCCACUGUGACCCCUGUUCCCAUGCUGACCUGUGUUUCCUCCCCAGUCAUCUUUCUUGUUCCAGAGAGGUGGGGCUGGAUGUCUCCAUCUCCGUCUCAACUUUAUGUGCACUGAGCUGCAACUUCUUACUUCCCUACUGAAAAUAAGAAUCUGAAUAUAAAUUUGUUUUCUCAAAUAUUUGCUAUGAGAGGUUGAUGGAUUAAUUAAAUAAGUCAAUUCCUGGAAUUUGAGAGAGCAAAUAAAGACCUGAGAACCUUCCAGAA